UGAUUCCAUGCAUUCGAUUCGAUAUAGCAAUCAACACAAACCAGUUGACGGUAACGCGUACCCGCGACAACAUCUAUUCAAUCGAGUACUCACUGGUAGUACUUAGUAAACAAAAUAAUACACGUUCGGUGUUCCUCUUAACAAUUGCCGAGAUUUUCUCAUGUCAUUCAUCCAUUUUGUAAUUAUGUUAAUAGAUCUUUGUUGGAGGCUCUCAUAAUAAUGUGAAAAAGAGUGCCAAGUGAACGUGAAAAGUGUGUGUGCAUAUCUAUUAGAGAUAAAUAGAAAAUACGUUUUUAUUCAAAAUGCGAGGAAAGUGGAGCAAUAACCAACAGCUUAAUGGUCAUUCGACUAUUCCUAGAAGCGCAGACUUAGAAAAUAUAAAAUUCAAGCAUCUUCAACAUAGUCCAUCUUUAAGAGCCAUCAAAGUAUACAACGAUUUGCCCGUCGAAGGGAACUUUCAAAAUGACAUCGAUCUACGGUUAUACACGCCGCAGAAAUACGAUACCAACAGUAUGUCAAGAAUAUCUGUUGGAAGCAGUAAAGGAUACAGUGAUCAACACUUUUACGAAUAUAUCAACGGAGGUGGGACGAUGUCCAUUGCAUCGGGAUCAAUGGAUCUUAAUGGAUCGGAGACCAACGAGAUGGGGUCUACAGCCAAAUUAGUCCCUCCGAAAAUAGAGCAGUCAUGUCAGACGAUGAUGUACUAUAUAUCCACAACACUUUGCACAAUGUCCAUGGCACUAGGAUUAGGAAAUUUGUACAGAUUGCCACAAACGACGAUGAUACGUGGUGGACUACCAUUUUUAAUAGCACAUUUAAUAUUAACUAUUUUUAUUGGACUGCCACUUCUUUUCCUUGAGUUAGGAAUUGGACAGCUUGCACAGGAGGGGUUUAUUAAAUCUUGGAGGGUCGUACCGUUCUUUAGAGGAAUUGGAUAUGUAAAAUUUUUGGCUGGUUAUAUGCUAAGUAUUUACUAUCCUUUAUAUAUGGGAAUAUCACUCUAUUUUGUAAUUUGGAUUGCGAAAGGAUCGAUACCUUUAUCGGAAUGUUCCAGUGGAGUGAAAAUUACAGAGGAUGGAUACUCACAUUAUGGCAAAGACGGACAAAAAUGUUUAAGGUCCACAUUUUUAAAGUCAGCCUUUGAAGACCCUUAUUGGUUUGGGAUAUUCGCUUCGAUAUUAUUUGCCAUAUGGGCAAUAACUGCCCUACUGACAAUAAGCAAGACAAAAAGCUUUAUCAGAUCACUAGUUUUAUUAAUUUUCCCAACUUUAGCAUGUCUCAUAGCGCUCUUUGUGAAAUCAGUGAUGUAUGAGUCUGAAUUGAUAUACUUUUAUACCAAAGCCGACUGGAGUUUACUGGAAAGUGCAAACGUAUGGUAUUAUGCAGCUAUUCAAGUAUUUUUCUCAUCCACUGUUGGCUUCGGAUCAUUUGUUACAAAUGCAGGAAUAAUUUACAAUAAAGUCAAUCCAUUUUGGACUGCUAUUGGAUAUUGUACGAUAAAUAUCAUUUUUGGUAUUGGUUCGACUAUUAUCUCCCAAUCUUUAGCACGUCACACAAAUGUAAAUAUAACAGCAAAUAAGGAUGACAUAGCAGAACUGAUGCUAGUCUCUGUCAUUUACGAUAUUGGAAGUGCGAGCACUGCCACUGAUAAAAAAGUAUGGAUAAUUGUUAUAUUUAGUUUAUUUAUAUUAUCUGGAUUUAUAACUAUGGCAACAAUGACGUACACAUUACUGAAAGCCAUAACUGUCGGAAGUAGAGCAAGACUGAGUUGGUGGCAAGCCAGUAUUCUUUUAAGUGCUUCUGGAUUUAUCUUCGGAUGCGCCAUAUUACUUAAAGAAGACUUUGACAUCGUUCAUCUACUAGAUCACUACAUCGUUGGAAAUCUCAUCCUGAUAACAGCCAUUCUAGAAGUAUUAACAUUACUGGCAUUUUAUGGUGUCGACCGAAUUAGAUCAGACUUCGAGUUUAUGCUUGGACACAUUUUAUCUCACUUCUGGCUUAUAUUAUGGUGGAUCGCCCCACUUGUCCUGACUGGCUUGUUCGCAUGGGGAAUGGUAACAUUGCCACUGGAGGGCAUUUACAAAGAUGAUCCAAUCUGGCUGUACGGUGUUGGGUGGGGAGUUGUUCUAACAGCCAGUUUGCUUAUAUUUGUUACUGGAUUCUACGUGGUAAAGAAACAGGAUGGAUAUACAUUCAUAGAGAGAUUUAAAACAUCAUUCAGGCCGUCAAAGAACUGGGGACCAAAGGACCCAAUAAGCCGACACAAUUGGGUCCAAUGGAAUAGCAAAGCUCAAUCUGGCGAAAGAGAUUUUACAUUAAAAAGAAAAGGUACGAAAGACUAUACCAAAUCCAUAAAACGAACUAAAAAGUUAGCUGUAGCUGAAGCAUUUAAAGAAAAGGAGGAGAAACUUGAAAAGCAAAGCACAAAUACAAGCAAUGGAACUAACAUUUAUUCUGAACUAAACGAAUCCAACAACAUACAUAAAAAACCUCAUAGGAAUGAAAGACCUCCAUAUAGAGUUGUUUCUCUUUCAGAUGCCAAUUUUGUUCAGUUCAACGGCAGAAAAAAUCCGUUGGCAAGAAGGGAAGUGGUUUCGAUGCCUGUGGAUGAAUAUGGAACAUUUCGAAAAGGUCCUUAUGUUAUAGAAGAUGAACAGGUUGACCAUGUUUGUUUUAGAAAAAUAAGUGAUCAUGAAGAUGCCACAGAAUUAUAGUUGUAUUUAUAUUUUGUAUAAUAAAAUUUUAUAUUUUUA